AUGGCGCUGUUAAUAUACGCAGGCACCGAGGUGGAAGACCUGCACGACACUCUGCCAGAACCAAGCAGACCAGAAGGCACAGAGGAAGAAAACUGGACCGCGUAUGAGCAAUCUAAAACCAAAUUGAAAAUACAUUUUUCACCAAAACAGUGCAACGACUUUGCUAUCUUUGAAUUACUCCGAAUGAAAAUCGAAUCGUCAGAAAGUAUUAAAAGUUAUGCGAUGAGGCUACGUAAAGCAGCGAGCAAGUGCGAUUUUACAAAUUGGUCGGCGGAGAAAAUUAUCAAAAGCCUGAUCAUCAGCAAUAUGCAAGAUGACACCCUUCGCCUAAAAUUUUUACAGAAGGACAGAACACUGGACCAAGUCUUAGAUAUCGCUAGAAAGAAGGAAGAUGCUGUGGCCCGAAGUAAAGUAAUAGACAGGGACUCUCAACAGGUAGUCAACAAGGUGGGUGCCAAAUGAAAUCAACCGUUACAACAGAAGGAGACCACAGACCAGUGCAAUCGAUGUGGACACGAGAACCAUUUCCCUGCUUCGGAGUGCCCAGCCAUAUCCAGAAUCUGCAAUUACUGUAAAAAGAAAGGACACUAUGCUAGCAAGUGCUUCAAGAAACAGAAGGAAGCAGGAAUCAAGCGCAUCGAAGCAGAACCCCAAACUGACACCGGAAACGACACCAACUCCGACACUGAUGAGUAUAACACAGCCAAGAUCGAAUUAGUUAACAACCUUGGGAUGAGGGAAAAGCCAUCGCUGAUGAGAGUCCGCACUAACGACCAAGAAGUUCUGUGGCAACCGGAUACCGGGAUCCAAAAGAACGUCUGGGAUGAGGCACACUUCCGCAGCUUUAAAGAAAAGACUCGGGGGGAAGUAAAGUUGACACCGACAAACAUCAAGCUAUUUGCAUAUGGGGGCAAGACACCACUGGUGGUCAUCGGUUCAUUCAAGGCAGUGCUGACAGCUGGGGAUCGGACAGUCGACACUGAGAUAUAUGUGACAUCUGAACCAUCCGCCUAUCCACUACUUUCCGAACAGUCGGCCAAACAGCUCCAAUUGAUCCGGUAUAAUGAGAAGUUCCUAGUAAAGCGAGUGUCUGAGCCCUGCAAGCAGGGGCGUAGGAAGCGGGCGAGCACGGGGGGCACGUGCCCCCCCAAAUUUUUUUAAAGGACUAAAAGUGCCCUUUUUUGUGAUAAAAAGUGCCCUUUUUGUGUUGAAAAGUGCCCUUUUUUGUGAGGAAAAGUGCCCCUUUUGUAGAAGCUAAUGUCGCUGUAAAUACUAAAUUAAAACAAUAGGUGCCGUUUUUGUGUGGAAAUUUACAAAUUUUUUUUAAAAAUUAGGUCACAAACAUAAAUUUCGGUAUGAUACGACGGAAAAUUUUCGUCAGGGGGGAUUUCUCCCCCCCCCCCACGUCGACAACAUUUCCGGGAAAAAUUUUUUAGGUGCCCUUUCCGAUAGUAAUGUGCCCCUACAAGCCGGUGCCCCCCCAAACUCCAGGUGCUUCCUACGCCCCUGCCUGCAAGAAAGUUUUGGCAAUGACUAGGCGCCAAAAGAUAACUGACAUGAUUAUGGAUAACCCCGAGGUGUUCACGGGUAAGAUUGGCAAAGCCAAAACGAAUGAGGUGUCCCUGAUGAUCGAUAACAGUGUCACACCAGUGGUCCAGAAACAGAGACGGAUACCAGUCAAUCUCUCAGACCGGGCAGAAAGCAAGAUCCAAGACCUCCUGGACCAAGACAUCAUAGAACGAGUUCCAGAUAACCAGCCACGCAGUUGGGUCAGCCCUCCGGUGAUUGCUCCCAAACCAGAUUCCAACGACAUUCGUUUCUGCAUCGAUAUGCGCAUGGCCAACAAAGCCAUACAACGCCCGUAUACGCAGAUACCAACAAUGGCUGAUAUUGUAAACAAAUUUCAAGGAGCAGAACGCUUCACUAAACUGGACCUCAAAGAAGCAUACCACCAGUUUGUCCUCGACGAACAGUCGCGUAAAAUCACCACUUUCUAUGGCCCUGAUGGCCUCUACCGCUACAAAAGGCUCAAUUAUGGAACCAAAUCUGCCCAGGAUAUCCUCCAGUUGGAGAUGCACAAGAUGCUGUCCGGUAUCCCAAGCCAGGUGAACAUAGCGGAUGAUAUCUUGAUUGGCGGGUCAGUCGAAGAGCAUGAUGCAGCCCUGCAAAAAGUCCGGUCAGCCUUAACGAGUAAUGGUAUCACCGUGAAUCCUGAUAAGUGUGUCUUUGAUGUCGAGGAGGUGCGAUUCGUCGGGCUCGUGUUCAACAAGCAGGGCAUAAAACCCGACCCAAAGAAUGUAAAGAAUCUACAAGAUGCAAGUCAACCCACAAGUAAAGUGGAGCUGCGUUCCUUCCUCGGGAUGGCAGGGUUUAGUGAACGUUUCAUUCCGAACUUCGCGAGUAUUGUCCACCCUCUGCGGCAACAGCUUAAGGAGAACAUCUGGGCGUGGGACGAAAAGUGCCAAGAAGCAUUCACCAAGUUGCAAGCCUCGUUAAGCGAAUUUUCACUACUACACCAUUAUGUAAUCGGACAUGACACCGAACUAGUUGUAGACACCAGUAUCACGGGUCUGGGGGCAGUUCUUGUCCAGCGAGCAUCGAAAACUGAGGCCUUCCACCCGGUUAUGUACAAGUCGCGCUCACUGAAAGAGGUUGAAACCAGAUACUCCGCGACAGAGCGAGAGGCACUAGCCGUGCGCUGGGCAUGCAGAAAGCUACGAAAGUAUUUGCUCGGUGCACCAAAAUUCCGCAUCGUUACCGACCACCGUCCACUAACCUAUAUGUUCCACAAGUUAUGCAGGGAGCUACCCCCAAGAGUCGAGAACUUUUUUAUGGACGUGCAAGAGUUUGAGUACGAGAUCGUCUACCGUCCGGGAAAGACAUGCAUCGCCGAUUACAACAUGUCACGACAUCAUGUUGAUCGAGCAGGAUCAAGUCGAGUGUUUGAGAUCGAAGCAGGAGCGGAGAGCGUUGUUGAGAGCGGGUGCUGCCACGCCCUUAAUGAACAAGGAACAGUGACGGUGGAGGACAUUAGGGCUGAAGGAGAAAGAUGCGAAGUCUACCAGAGACUUGUUAAAGCAAUCAAGUCGGGAAUAAGCGACAAUGACGAGGACCUAAAACCUUACAUGGUCCCGAAAAUCAAACACGACUUGAGUGUGGUCAACGGUGUGGUUUGUCGGGGAUCACGUGUUGUCGUCCCUAUCGCUCUACAAAAACGUGUUGUUGAAUUGAGCCACCGCGCACAUCAAGGAAUUAGCAAGGCAAAGCAUUUUCUACGGACAUUCUGCUGGUUCCCUGGGAUGGACAAGGCCGUCGAAAACCAGGUACGAGGUUGCUUACCGUGCCAAGCUGUCCAACCACCAAAUAACGACCAGCCAAUCAAACCGUCGGAGCAACCAAUUGGCCCAUGGCAGUAUGUGGAAAUGGACUUCCAAGGCCCUUACCCCAACGACGAAUAUAUAUUCAUCAUGAUUGAUCGUUACAGUCGAUGGCCGGAGAUGGCCUGGUUCCGAAAUGCACCUAAUGGGAACACCACAAUCGCAGCCAUGGAGAAGAUAUUCACCAACAAAGGUGUUCCAGCGGUAUGCCAGUCGGACAAUGGCUCGCCUAUCCAAUCAAAAGAGAUGGAACAGUUUGCCCAAAGCAGCGGAUACCGCCAUCACCACAUUAUUCCGGAAUGGCCCAGAGCAAACGGAACAGUUGAGCGAUUUAAUCGGAGUAUGAAAGAAGCCCUGCAGGCAGAAACCAUGGAAGGGAAGAUUCUUGCAGAUGUACCGAUCUACCCCACACUGCGCGACCGGGGUCAGCCCGCAUGCUGCAUUGCAUGGCGAAAGAGAAAUGAGGACAGUACUUCCACUUAUGACACCAACCGACCAUGUUAUAGACCGUAUACGAGACCAACGAUACAAAGCCAAGAUGAGAAACGGACUGCGGCCACAUAAACUUCGGGUAGGUGACAGUGUUAUUGUGAAGCAGACGAAAGUCAACAAGCUGACGCCGACAUUCAACCCUACACCUCUGAGAAUCACCGAGGUUCAAGGCUCGAGAAUAACUGCACGGGAGAUAAACGGCACGUGGACCAUCACGAGGGACGCGUCGUACUUCCGGAAGAUUGCAUCUGAUACGCGUGCAGAUAACGAAGAUGACCAGGACGCAUCAGACGAGAGUGACGGAGAGACGGAGAACGAAAACAGGGGGAACCAACAGGAGACGCCGGAUGAAAGCACUGAGAAAGGGCAAAGACCACGACGGUCAACACGGAGGCCAAGUUAUUUAGAAGACUACGAAACUUAA